AUCUCCCAAGCAGAGACGAUAUCACCCAGAUGUGAUACGGUGGGCGAUCGAGCUGUAUGCACGAUCCCCUGCUGCAUACAAUCAACUUAAAACUUCUGGGGUAUUGACUCUACCAUCUUCAAAAACUCUGCAACAGUACAGAAAUAUGGCUUCAAAUUCAUAGGGGAUAAACAGAAUUGCAAUGCAGCAACUAAAACAACUAAAAGACAGUGUUGAGGGAUACAUAACUGUUGGUGAAAUGAAAGUUCAAGAAAGUUUGGUACUAAAACAUGGAAAAUUAGUUGGAUUUAUCGACUAUGGUGAUCGGAAGUGCGAGGAAAAACUAGCAACACAUAUAUGCAUGUUUUACAUUCGUUCUUUCAAAAAAGAAGUAUCUGUACCGAUUGCAUGGUGGCUUACCACAACAACACCUGCUUAUCAAUUGGCAUCAAUGUUUUGGGAAUUGUUUGGUGUGUGCGAGCUGAAUGGAUUUCAUAUUAAUGCAGUAGUUGCAGAUGGUGCAUCUGUGAAUCGGAAAUUUUUUGAAAAUCUAAGUGGUGUGACACAUUCAAGAUACCAACAGUACAUUUGCUCAAACCCAUCCCGACCAAGUUACCCAGUGUUUUUAUGUUCAGACACCAGUCAUUUACUUAAGACAACUAGAAAUGCACUGUUUAGUUCUAAACCUGGAGGAACCAAAUUUUUUAACAAAGCUGGGAGGGAUAUACUUUGGAGCCAUGUUAUAUCACUGUAUAACAAAGAUAGUGUUACGCCAUUGCACAAAACUAAUUUGACUGAUGCACAUAUUCAUUUAAAUUCUUAUAGCAAGAUGAAAGUGAAUUAUGCAAGAGAUGUGUUAAGCUGGCGUGUAGGUCAGUCAAUUAAGCAGGAUGUAGCAGGCGCUGAUGGGACAUCAGAAUUUAUUCUGCUGUUUAAUAAGUAUGAAUGUUAUUUUGUUGGCAAUUUUACACACAAAUAAUGGUUGUGUAUGUUUACUA